AUGCCCACUCGUUCAUUCCACCUUCUCGCGCUCCUAUUCGCUGCUGCCUCCGCACCUUGGGCAUCCUUCCGCGAUGCGCAUGGGGCUAUAGGAGGGGUCUAUGCCGCAGCACUUCCUUCUCCAGCUUCAUUUCCAGACUCGGGUUCAGCUUACCCAGCUCUCCAAAGAUUCACCAAACGGCGUACCGCUCCACGAGUAGAAAUACGAGACGUAGAUGGUCCAGUGAGAGCGGACGGAUAUAUUAUCACGUUUACGGAUGGUGCAAAUGCUACCGAAGCACACGACGCCAUCGUUGCGUCCUUUGGCAAAGAAGCCGUCUCGUACCGGUACGACACAGAGACGAGCACGGUCAGGGGCCUAUCUGGAACGUUCAACGCUACGGAGAUACGAGAACUUCAAGGGGCAGACUUUGUUCAGAGCAUCGAGCCAGACGUCAUUGGCAAGCUCGACGCGUUGGCGACACAGUAUGAUGCUCCGUGGGGCCUCCAGCGAGUAUCUCAGGUGAACGGAUUACCGGAUGACAGUGAUGAAGGUGGAUUGGGAUACACGUAUACAUAUGACCAAAGUGCGGGGCAAGGAGUCGACAUUUACGUCUUAGACUCCGGAAUCAAUACAGCACAUACGGAUUUUGGUGGCCGAGCUCGGUGGGGCAAGACAUUCGGUGGAUUCCCUGACGAAGACACUAUUGGUCACGGAACUCAUGUUGCGGGUACAGCGGGAGGAAACAGAUACGGUGUCGCAAAACGUGCCAACCUUAUUGCCGUCCGCUUCGUCGAUGCAAGUGGGAACGGCCUUGCGUCGGACUUUGUCGCUGCCGUGCAAUGGAUCAUCGCGCAAGCGGCGUCCUCGGGUCGUCCAUCUGUUGUGAACAUUUCUGUCCAUUUCCCCGGGACUGACUCGAUUGAUCAAGUUGUAACGGAUGCCAUCAAUGCGGGACUUCAUGUUGUCGUUUCCGCAGGGAAUAGAGGCACGGACGCGUCGAGCCAGUCUCCUGCUCGCGUACCAGUCGUGACCACAGUCGCCGCAACGACCAUAAGAGAUGAAGCGGCUUAUUAUAGCAACUAUGGACCCCUGGUGGACAUUUGGGCACCUGGAAGCUCCAUUAUCUCAGCAUGGAUAGGAUCCAACACUGCGACCGCAACACUCACUGGAACAUCCAUGGCAGCGCCCCAUGUGGCGGGUAUUACCGCACUUCUGAUCAGUCGUGUCGGCAACAGGGUGCCGGCUGCGUUGUUGGCCUUACUCCAAUCUCUUUCGCCCUUCCGCUCGUUGAGCGAUGUUCCCGAUGGAACGAUUAAUCAACUAGCAAACAACGGCGCAUUUACUCUCACAGGCGUUGACUCUAAGGAGGAUUCGACAACCCUUGAAACCAACACGGAGUCUUCAACGAGCUCAUCCACUCAAACUGCUAUAUCGAGUUCUACCAAUUCGGAGGAGACUAGCACUCUCAGUCCACCUGCCGCAACCAAUACCUUCACGUCGGUAACUACAUCCUUGCUUUGGGAUACGGUCUCGUCAACCGAAGACUCUCCUACGAGCUCAUCGACCACUACGUCGCGGCUAGCGGCAACAACCACGACCACCACGAUUGGAAGGAAGCCAGCCGGGAGGAAACCCAUUUUCCCCCAUCCGCCUUGGCGCUGGUGGUGGUAG